CAGAAAAAGAAAAGGGUCGGCAACUAAAACACAAGGAAUAUUUCUCAACUGGUACAGCUAGCUGCCUGUGUAAGGAAGAUGAAGCCAGUUCCAAUGCUCAAAACCCUUUUCAUUUUUUCUCAAAUUUAGCUACUCAGCUUUCAAGUGAGAACUUUGGCCUUGUGGGUUGUGUGAUUUAGUUGCUGUGAACACAGAAAUCCCACUAAUGUUCGAUAUCUUCCGCAUUUACUACUCACUGUGCUAAAUUGGUAGAGUUCAUACGUGUUUUAGACAUUAACGAUGUUGAAGCAAUCGCCGAGUAGGAACCAGAGGUCAAAAGGCUUCAAGGUGAAGCAUGCCGUACAGAUAUCUCUGUUGCUUGCCAUCUGCAUCUGGUUGCUUUACCAACUCAAGCACUCCCAUGACAAGAAAGCGUAUGAAGAGAGCUCUGGAACGAUAUCAGGAAAGAUGCAGAAGGGGGAUGCAAUAAUAAAACUUGGGAGGCGCGACCUAUAUCCCCCGAGUGGAUGAAACUUCCUUGGAUAAUGGAAGGCACAAGGAAAAAGAAGAUUCUGAAGAAGAGAUGGACGAGAGUAAAUCGGAUGAAAUAGACGGGCAUGAUUUGGAGAGAGCCGAGGAAGAGUCUGAGGCGGUCGAGGAUUUAAUUGAUGAAGAAGAUACGGAGAGGGAAGAGGAGAGUGAGGAACAAGAAAGUGAUGAAGAGAUUCUCAAAUUGUUAGAUGAUCAAUCCCGGAGCGAAGAUACAAGGAACACUGAAGAGAUGAGAGAGGAACAUUACAAGGCUGAUGAUGCGUCCGGUGCUGUGAAGCAGAACAUCCAAACUUUAAGCACUGAAAUUGAAAUUGGAAGCUUGCGAAAAGUGAAGGAAGAAGAGGUAGAAAAUGCGGAAAAGAUUGAAGUCGAGAGAGAGAUUAAAACCAAUGGUAUCCUCGGCUUUAUAGUUGGCGGGGCAGCUAAAAAUGCUGUGCAGAGUGAAGAAAGUGGUAAAACAUAUUCAUCAAUCAAAACAGUUGAAGAACUAAAACUGAGUAAUGAUUCUCUUAAUGGAACAGAGAUGUUACCAAAGUUAUAUCGCGAUGCAAGUCGAGCUUCUGGCCAAGGGCACUUGUACCUGGAAGCUUUUCUAAGCCCCAAAUCCAAGGAUCUGCAGUCAGGUUCCAAUACGACUCUCUCUUUAACCGAUGAUUUAGAUGCAACCAAGCGAGAAGUGGCAGCAACUGGUUCCGAAACUGAAAGUGUUGUAUCGGAAGCAACUGCCAAGCUCGCGAAAAGCUCUAAUCCUAGAAGUACCAGUAAGAAAGAUGAUGAAGUUGGCAAUGUGCAGUCUAAUGCAUACGGUAGGGUGGAGAGAUCAGUGGGAAGCUUAAUGGCACUGGAAACCAAUGAAAAUGUUGGUGCUGUACGAAUGAAGUUAAUGAAUCCCAUUCCUCGAAUACUGGAAACUUUAGCGGAGAUCGUCAGACCUGGAGCAAACAACAUUGAAGGUGCAGCUGAGUGAUGGUUUGUGGCGAACAAGGUCAGGUUUUCCGCUCGGGUGUUCCUUUUCCAUAGCAUACAUGCCGGUAAGGUAGAUGAGCAACUGUACAUACGAUCUUUCAUCGAUGCGUAGAUGAUAUGAAGAUAUAAGUUAAUCAGGACUCAUGGCAAUAAGUUUAAGCAGAUUAGAACCAAGAACAAGUGAAAUGUAUCCACUGAAUGAUGGAAAGUGAAUGUUAUUAUAUGACCUUACAGAAAUUAGACUUUGUAUCUUUAAGUUAGUAGGAAUUCGACACUCUGAUUACUGCUUUUAUAUUUGAGAGCCUUUUGGUUGUUGGA